UGUCUCCUCAAAUUGCUGUCCUAAAACCCUAACUAAAUCUCCCAUUUUCCUUACAGUUCUCAACGACCAUGGGUAGCCAACAAGCUGUUUCAUUUCUCACAAACAUCGCUCGCGCCGCCUUCGGCCUCGGAGUCGGCGCGACGGUGCUCAACUCCUCGAUGUACACCGUUGACGGCGGCCAACGCGCCGUGCUUUUCGAUCGGUUCCGCGGAGUGAUCGACGAGACCGUCGGCGAGGGGACCCACUUUCUGGUGCCAUGGCUUCAGAAGCCUUUCAUCUUCGACAUUCGCACCAGGCCCCACACUUUCUCCUCUGUCUCAGGGACAAAGGAUUUGCAGAUGGUGAACCUCACUCUCCGGGUGCUCUCUCGCCCUCAGGUCGCUCGCCUCUCCGACAUUUUCAAAACCCUAGGUCUCGAGUACGACGAGAAGGUCCUCCCCUCGAUCGGCAACGAGGUUUUGAAGGCAGUGGUCGCGCAGUUCAAUGCGGACCAGCUGCUCACUGAGCGUCCCCAGGUCUCUGCUUUGGUUCGGGAGAGCUUGAUUCGCCGCGCCAAGGAUUUCAAUAUUGAACUGGAUGAUGUUGCGAUAACGCACUUGUCUUAUGGUCCGGAGUUCUCGAAGGCUGUGGAGCAGAAACAGGUGGCACAACAGGAAGCUGAGCGGUCUAAGUUCGUUGUGAUGAAGGCUGAGCAGGAGCGUAGGGCUGCUAUUGUUCGGGCAGAGGGAGAGAGCGAGUCUGCCAAGUUGAUUUCAGAUGCUACUGCGGCAGCUGGCAUGGGGUUAAUAGAGCUCAGGAGGAUCGAGGCCUCAAAGGAGAUCGCAGCCACCUUGGCCAAGACUCCUAAUAUUCAGUACUUGCCUAAAGGCAACAAUUUGCUCCUUGGGCUCAAUCGUUGAGCAGUGAGGGGACACCAGGACUGGCGGCUUAAUGUUUAGAGGGGUUCUAUUGCAGCUUGUUUGAGCCAUAGAGUACUUGGUAUAUCUCACUUAGAAUCUCUCCUAUCUUUUUCUUUGGUGGUGUUUUUGUAGUUUGGAUUAAUGAACAUUUUGUAUUAUUUGCAAAAUGAGAGCAUAAGGUGGUGGUUGAAACUGUUGUGACAAUGACUAUCAAAAAGUGAACACAAAUGAAAUCAUUUUAGUUCAGAAUGUUUUAAACUA